AUGAUUAUUAAAAGAGAAUAAUAUCAACUGAACCAGAUAUCCGACAAAUCUUUCAAUUAAGUAGCUAAUUUGGUAACCAUAUUGUGUAAAGAAUGUCUUGAAUUAAAAGAACAAUAUAUAGAUUAUUUUUCAAAAGGGAUAUAACAUCUUUUAAUUGAUAAAUAAAAUAUUUAGAGUCUCUUCUUCUACCACUUUAUGAUUGGUACAUUUUCUGAGAUAUUUUUAAUUCUUGAAUAAGUUGAACUCUGCAUUCAAAAAACAUUAAUUUCAGAAGAUUAGAAUGGAAAGUAUUACAAUAAUGAUAUUAUAAAGUGCUUUUUCUAUAUGCUAUGCUUUGGCUUAGAUAGAUGAUUAAAUCUUUCCAAAUACUUUAGUCACAAAAGCACGUUUAAUUAUAGGAAGUUCUUUAGAAAUAUGGUUUGAACAAUCUCAAUAAAAUGCAUUAAAAAUAUUGUAAUCUUUACUUGCUAAAGAAAAGUUUCUUGAUGAUAAUUUAUCUUAUAAAGAACUAAUGUAAUAAACAUAAACUAAGAGCAUAGAAGACUUUUGCUCUAUUUUAUUUUAAUCAUUAGAAGUGUUACAGCAAGUUUCUAAUUUUAAAAAUUAAAAUAUAUUUAAAAAAUAUAUCAAUAGCAAAAUAGAGCAUGUUCUUUACACUGCAAUCUUAAUGUAUUUAGAACAUAUGGAAUAAAAUCUUCAACAAAAAUCAGAUUAAAUAUUGCUAUGGUUUCCUACAAUUGCUAAAAGUAAAUAAAGUCUACCUCAGUCCCUUAAUUAAAAAUAAUUAGCACAACAAUAAAUUCAUCUUGUUAUCGAUAUGAUGAUGAGAAUUUGUAAUCUUAAUUUCCUUUAACAAUAAUACUAGAAUUUAAAUGAUCAAUUGAAAUUAGAUGUUUUAGAACAAUUGAUUAGUGAUUUUAAUACUAAAGGAAAAAUAAUUUGCAAAAAUAUUUCUAAAAUCUUGAUAGCUGAAAUUAUUUAUCCUAAUUUAUUUACUCCUAUUCAUCAAGACUUAAAAUCUAUGGCUGAUUCCAAAAGUUAUUAAUAAAAAUCAGAUUGUUCUAUGCUUUAGUAAAUAGCUGAAAUAAAAGAUUUUUUUAUCAUUUUUAAUUAAAAGUUGCCAAUAAAUUACAUUUCUGUAUUUUAUGAUUCAUUCAUCACUUUAUUUUUUGAAGGUAUUUAUAAUUAAUAGACUAAUAGGAUUAUUUUACUGCAUAUUUGAUAUAAACAAAUUAUAAAAUAUUCCCUAAGAGAUGUAUUUUGAAUUGCUUAUUUUAGAAUUCUAAAUUUUAUCAAAUUUUUUAGAAAAAUAAAUUGCCAACAAUGACUUAAAUAAAAAAGUUAAAUAAUAAAUAGCUGAGAUUAAAGAUAUAUCAGGUUGGUUUAGCUUAUCAAAUCAAAUUUAAUAACCACGUUUGAAUAGUAUUGUUCUGAUUAUUAUAUAUUUACCUUUUUAUUUGGUUAAGGUUCAAUAUUUUAUAAUUCUUAUUUGCAUUAAACUUCAGUCUUAAAUUUUUUAAUCUCUAAUUCUUCUUAUUUUUCAAUUUCAGAAUCAGAAAUUUUUAAAUUCUAUGAAAUAUUUUAGUUUAAAUACCAAAGUCAUUUGA